AUGAGUUGGGCCAUAACAUUAACCGAAUUCUUUUCUUUCUCACUGUUUCCUAAAGUGAACCACGAUCAGGACACAUUCAUUCGUUGUGCAAACGAUGGCCUGUUCUAUCUGAAUGCGACCACUUGGGAACCGGGCUGUGCAUGUCCACCGGGGUUCACGGGAUCACUGUGUGAACAAAUCGGUUCGGAAAUUUCGUACAUUUGUGAACAGAUGGGGCUUUGCAAACCGUUUGGGCCACUGAUUUUUGGCGGUGCUAUUACAACAGUUUUGUGCACUUCUGUUCUCCUCACUCACGGGAUACUUCGGUAUUUGUCCGGAUUAUGCAGACCACCUUUGCAAUCCUCGGUCAUAUUCGCAGAUAGUCGUCUCGAACUGUCCACCUCUUCGAGUCCACGUUACAAUAUAGGACGUUUCGGUCGUUCUGCCACACUUGUGGGUCAAGCUACCAUGACAUCAGUCACAUGCCAACAGGCGAUUCGUCGUCGACGUCGUCAUCUACUUCGACAAUGGAUGGCUUUGAAUAGACUUUCACGAGCCGAUUUGAAUGAUCUGUUUCGAUCAAUCAGCUUGGAAGCAUUGCGCUCCAGCCAGUCAUCUAGACAAAACUCAGCCAGUGUAUCUUCGUCCUAUGACAAUCAUUCGCUCAACUGGUCAGUGGAACGACCUAGCCGUUGUGGAUGUGGUGGUUUGCAACAAAAUGAACCAAGCCCGGAAAACAGUGCAGUCCUGUUGCACUCAAAUACUGCCACGGCCACGGCCACGGCCACGGCCACGGCCACGGCCACGACCACAAAUUCACACUCGCAGAACUCCUGUGCCUGGUACGAAACUGAGGUCUACUUGAAAAUGUUUCCCUCUGAACGUGGGCUCUUAGGUGGAGCAACCGGGACUUACCUCACACACCCGUUAGUAUGCCAUGAUAAUGGGCAUCGUUAUCCUUGGACGGUGGACUACAGCCGAAGCGGACAACCGAUUUGCAGCCCCCGUGCUAGUCCAUAUCGCGCAACAACGCCAGUUCUUGUGCCCGGGCCGAGUCACACAUGCGCGCAUUCAUUCUAUCAUAGUUAUGAAGGAGAUCCCAGUGUGGAUAGUCUGGGCGCGAUAACUUCAGAUCGCGUGUGUGAACAUUGCGAGGAGGCGAAACAUUGGGCAAUCUAUCCACAACUGAUGAAGAAAUCCGGUUGCUCAUGCUGUGUUUGUGUGCAUCGCAACCGAAGUCCGUGGCCGACUCCGAAACCAUCGGCAAGACAUCGAACACAACUCAGUUUACCGCAGGAAGAAUCAGAUCCGGAGUCAGCUGACUCUCAUUCACCGGAAGUCUAUGAGAAUUUGUACGCGACUUGA